AUGAGGGUACUGGCGGGCGCACUGUGGAGCGCGGCCGGGGCCGCCUGGCGGGGCGGCUUCUCCUUCGCGGGCCAGGACGUGGCGCGCUGGUUCCCGGGACACAUGGCCAAAGGUCUCAAGAAGAUGCAGAGCAGCCUGAAGCUGGUAGAUUGUAUCAUAGAGGUGCACGAUGCUCGGAUUCCAUUAUCUGGUCGCAAUCCUUUGUUCCAGGAAGCUCUUGGAAUUAAGCCUCACCUACUUGUACUUAACAAGAUGGACUUGGCAGAUCUUAAAGAGAAACAGAAAAUUGUGGGGCACCUGAACAAAGAAGGAGUGAAAAAUGUAAUUUUUACCAAUUGUUUAAAGGAUGAAAACAUAAAACAGAUUGUUCCAAUGGUUACUGAACUGAUUGAGAGUGGCUACCGCUAUCAUCGAGGAGAGAACCUGGAGUAUUGCAUCAUGGUAAUUGGUGUGCCCAACGUGGGCAAGUCCUCACUCAUCAACUCACUCAGGAGGCAGCAUCUCAGAAAAGGAAAAGCCUCUCGGGUGGGUGGUCUGCCUGGGGUCACGAAAGCAGUUAUGUCCAAAAUUCAGGUGUGUGAGCGGCCUUUGAUGUUCCUGCUGGAUACUCCUGGAGUGCUUGCUCCACGGAUCCAGGAUGUCGAGACUGGGCUGAAGCUGGCCACCUGUGGAACUAUAUUGGACCAUUUGGUAGGAGAAGAUAUCAUUGCUGAUUAUCUUCUUUUCACACUUAAUAAGCAACAGCAGUUCCGGUAUGUGGAGCAUUAUGACCUGGGGGAAGCUUGUGAUGACAUAGGAAGUGUGCUGAAAAGGAUUGCUAUGAAACUCAAGAAGAUCCACAAAGUGAAAAUGCUCACUGGGACUGGUGAUGUUAAUGUAAUUCAGCCUAACUAUUCUGCAGCAGCCUAUGACUUCAUUCGAAACUUUCGAAGUGGGGUGCUGGGUCAGGUGAUGUUUGACACUGCCAUCCUGGAAGAACCCCAGGCAAACCACGACUCUGACUCCUGAGCCUGAGCAGUGAAAGUUCUUUUCUGUGCCCACUCCCUGUGUGGCCUCGGGCAAGUCACUUCACUUGUUGGGGCUCAGUUUCCUCAUUUGUAAAAUGAGGGAGUUGGAUUAGAGGCCCCUUCUAACGCUAAAGGUGAAGCUCUGCAAGUCAAGUCCAGGAAGUAGCAAAAUCUGAGGAUUUGGCAUCGAUUUUCAUCAUGUCUUGGCAGAAUAAUAAAGUAUAGUUCAUGAUUUCUCCCUA